UGUAGUUCUCCGGUAGAGAGCGGAGUGAGAGAUGGAGCGUGGCAGCGGUGCUGGGCAGCACUGGAAGGGGUCCGACAGCCGGGCCAGCUGGGACACGGGCCGGGGCUGCACAUGCUGCCCAUGUUCAAGUUAGGAAAGCCAUGCAAGGGUCGUCGAGUGACGGAGACAGAGAAACCACAAAGCCCAUUCAUGCUCAGGCGUAUUUAUUAUCAUGAUCUUUUUUAAAUAUUAAAACAAUUGCGUUGCAUGACGUCAUAGGCUUCUAUCGCCCAACAUGACCAGAUGAUGCAGCGCUCGUGGACAAGGUCUCCGGUUCUAGUGACGGGGUCUUCAAUGGACCGGGUGAGAGAACUCUGAUGGCUCUCCGCGGCCGGGGCCGGAAGGAGACACCGAGGGGAGCGUACAGCAGCAGGUUUCUGGAAAGCGUCGCGGUGUCCGCACCCCGCGACGAAAAAGAAGCACCACGGUGCGGCUGUCGUGCUUUUCACCGGAGGGUACGAGCGGCAAGGGGAACAUGGCCGCGCAGUCGGACGGUAAAGCCGGGGUGGGUUUCGCCCAGCUUUACGACGUCGAUGCCGACGAGCAGCUGGACUCGGCCGCGAUCCACAUCUGCCAGUGCUGCCGCUCUUCGGCGUGCUACUGGGGCUGCCGCUCCGCCUGCCUCGGCUCGUUGCUCGGCGGGAGCCAACCCGCUGCCGCCGGCGGGGUCGGCGUCCGGGAGACUCACUGCCCACCCCGGGAGCAGCUGUGGUUGGACUGCCUCUGGAUCAUACUGGCUCUCCUCGUCUUCUUCUGGGACGUUGGCACAGACCUGUGCCUCGCAGUCGACUACUACCAGAGGCGGGACUACUUGUGGUUCGGCCUCACGCUCUUCUUCGUCCUGGUACCUUCGGUGCUGGUCCAGAUUUUAAGUUUCCGCUGGUUUGUGCAGGACUACACUGGUGGGGGGCUCGGGGAGGUGGAGGGUCUAACGAAGCGGGGUGCUGUGGCUCUGGGGUGCCACUAUCCCGGCAAGGACCGCUUGCAGCUGGCCACCAUUUGGCUGUGGCAGGCCACCAUACACAUCCUCCAGCUGGGGCAAGUGUGGAGGUACAUCAGGACACUCUACCUUGGCCUGAUGUCGCGGCGGCAGAAGGAGCACCAGCGCCGCUGGUACUGGGCCAUGAUGUUCGAGUAUGCAGACGUCAACAUGCUUCGGCUGCUGGAGACUUUCCUGGAGUCGGCGCCUCAGCUGGUCCUGCAACUGUGCAUCAUGAUCCAGGAGAACCGUGCCGAAACACUGCAGUGCAUCUCCUCCCUCGCCUCGCUCCUGUCUCUCGCCUGGGUCUUGGCCUCCUACCACAAACUGCUGCGGGACUCGCGUGAUGACCAGCGCAGCAUGAGCUACCGCGGGGCCCUGCUGCACCUCUUCUGGCGCCUCUUUACCAUCUCGUCCCGCGUCCUCUCACUCGCCCUCUUUGCGUCGCUCUUUCACAUCUACUUUGGCAUCUUUGUGGUGGUCCACUGGUCCGCCAUGGCCUUCUGGGUGGUGCACGGGGGCACCGAUUUCUGCAUGUCCAAGUGGGAGGAGGUGCUUUUCAACAUGGUGGUGGGCAUUGUCUACAUCUUCUGCUGGUUUAAUGUGAAGGAGGGCCAGACGCGACACAGGAUGAUUACGUACUACACGGUGGUGUUGGCCGAGAACACCAUUCUCACUGGCCUGUGGUACACCUACAGGGACCCCGUGCUGACCGACUCAUAUGCCGUCCCGGCGUUGUGCGGCGUCUACCUGACAUUUGCUGGCGGCGUUCUGGUCAUGCUGUUGUACUACGGCUUCCUGCACCCGGCCACUGCCCACAUCCACCCAAGCCCCGCCUCCUCCUGCUGCGCCCAACUGCUUUGGGGUCUUCCCCUUCCCCCCUCUGCACCACCGACCGCCCCACCUACACCUGCACACAUGACCAAGUCCCAGACAGAAGAGGAUGUGGCUGAGACGUGUCUUCCCGUCUUCCAGGUGAGGUCAGUGCCCCCCACUUCCAAGCCCGAGGGCCCACUUAUAAAGAUCGACAUGCCCAGGAAACGUUACCCGGCGUGGGAUGCCCACUACGUUGACAGGCGCCUGCGAAGGACUAUAAACAUCCUGCAGUACAUCACACCGGCCGCAGUGGGCAUCCGCUACCGCGAUGGACCCCUGCUGUACGAACUUCUACAGUACGAGUCUUCGCUUUGACACGCACACAGCAAUGAGUGCACACACAACACACUGUGAAGAGACAUGUUGGUGUUCAUGGAUGGUCACAUUCAGAGAGGAAUAAGAAACGCACACGUCACACUUGGUAUAAGCACAGAGACACUCAAGCAAUCUGUCAUAUUUCAAUGCACACACCCUCAGAAAAACACACACAUUCCUUGCAAGCACCUUCAACCUGCAAGUCCCCUGGCCAUGACUCAACAAGCUGCCUCAGUGGGAGUCCAUUGAGAACUCCUCCUCUUUUUUUUCCAUGUGUCAGUUUCAGAACCAUGAACAUAUUCUCACCAGAUUUAUUUGUUCCCCACUGUUCCCCAAAUUCACAAGUACCUCUACAAAGAUGAGACAGUGAAAAAAAAGCAACCCGCUUAUGUAAAUUCAUGUCAACCUGGGUUGUUGCAGGGAUUAAGGCCCUCUCUGUACAAGCAACCAAAACCUCGCUACUGUAAUUUAAAAAAGGAUGUGUAAAAAAA